AUGGCCAGUAGCAACCAGGCCAGCUUACAGGAUGCCCAGAGCAGGCACUGCAAGUUCUUAUCUUAUAUGUUCUACCAGGCUGUUCGAGAUCACAAGCCUGUGUGGAUGCUGGAAGACAUGAGGACCAUGGAGUAUUUUUACUGGGAGGAAAAUGCCAGCCAGAGGACCUACUCGCCCUCCGAAGCCCUGCUCUAUGCAGUGGUGCACAAUCACCUGCCUUACGCUCAGUAUCUGCUGUCUCACUUUCCGGAGGAGGCUCUCAAAGUCCCUGGGGAGCAUUUCUGCUAUUGCCCAUCCUCUGCCCCUCACUUAGCCAUGGCUGUAACCUACGACAGGAGAGACAUCUUGGGGCUGAUCAUCAGCAUCGCACACAAGCAGCCUAGUCUGAACUCCUACAUCAACAGGACCGGCUGCUUUCACCUGGAAGAUGGCAAGACCCCUCUGCAUCUUGCCUGCGAGCUCCUGAGGGCAGAGACUGUUCUCAUCCUGCUUGGGAAUGGGGCCUCUCCCCAUAUAAAGGAUGGCAAAGGGCUCACCCCACUGGAUGUCAUCCUGGAACAGAUGUGGGACUCCAAAGUCAAUGUGGCAUCCAAAAAGCUCUGCCUUGAUUACCUCUUGCUGUUCAUGCCGAACCCCCAGUUCAAGAUGCAGAAGGUCCUGCGAGAGCAUCCAGAGCACUGGAAAGUCCUGCUAGGGGAGGACAAGUUCAACAGCCUGGUGGGGAAGACACCUGCAUCUUUAUAUCUUCAAGCUAUGCAAACCAUCCUCCAAAUUCUUCCACCCUCCCAUUUUCCUGAAAGCAUCCAGGAACUUCCUAUACCUCAAGCACUUAAACCCCUGCCUUGCUCCGACAAACAGCAUCUGACAAAAAAUGUGGUAAAUGUUUUUCCAUGA